GCAAGUUUUGCGCAAAUCGCCAAGACUUGCACUUGCCAAGAUGAGCGAGAAUGGUGGUGCGAACAGCGGCACGACAGCAGGGUCCGCCAACAGUGCCCAGCGUGGUGGCGUUGGAAAGCUGAGCAGUAGGGAGGAAGAGCUGCGGCGUGUGUUUCGAGGAUUCCAGUCGCUCUUCCAGCAAGCGGAGCAACCUGCACGUCGCAAAUUUCCCCUUGAGUGGCAUGCUGGUCGCUUGUUCCUGGCGCUGUUGACACCCAUGGUGACCUGGGCUGGGCUCAAAUAUGCGGAGUGGAAACUGACGGCCAAACACAACGGCAGCAGCAUUGAGGAAGAGCUUGGCAGGCGAAUGGGCGGUAUUGUUACCGAGGAUGGUGACACCAGCGAGACGUCGACGGCAGGGACAUCUUGGUCACAAGAACACAAGACCCAGCAACUUGAUGAAAGAUUACAGAAUGUUGAAUCGAAGCUGGGCACGCUGCUGUCCAUGCUGGGCACGCAACAACAACAACAACAACAACAACAGCAACAACAACAACAACAACAACAACAACAACAACAACAACAACAACAACAACAACAGCAACAACAACAACAACAACAACAACAACAACAGCAACAACAACAACAACAACAACAACAACAACAGCCAACAGAGGGUUCAGUGGAUACUCGGGAUUCCAGUAAGCCAGAGUCAGCUCGUGCACAACAGUCGUCAUCGUCAUCGCGACCCUCACCAUCAUCAGCAUCAUCAGCGACAGCAGCAGCAGAAACACCUUCGCAGAAGCCUCCACCAUCGGCGUCGUAGUGUUGCAUGCAUCAUACUGAUCUUGAGAUGUCGCUUCAUGUCUACCGCCGUCACAGCUUCACACCGAUAGUUUGCCAAUGUCGUGUCUGUGCAUGCCACCCUUAUUUGGUUCUUCUACCCCCAUGACCCCCCCCCCAACUAUGCGCGCAUCCUCGAGCUUCCCUUCCCCUCUUCUCCAUCGGCGUCACGCAAUUUCCACAGCAACUAGUGUAAUAACAGCAGGAACAGCCUGGUUGUUGCAAGUACACGUGUCACACCAAAGGUCCGCCAUAAAGCCAGACGCACAGCCGUGCACACAC